AUGGCAUCAACUAGGAGGCCAGCUAUUGAACUGCAAGAAAUUCCUUCACCACAAUUACCCAAAUCACCAUCACCUCCAAUUAGUCAAGAUAGCAAAGAAACAAAGGAUGAGCCAAACAAUGGAAUAAUUAAUGAAAUCAAAGCAACCAUUGAUAAACCUAAGGAUAAUUGUGUAGAAUGGCUUAAUGAGGCAAUUCAGAAUGAAUACAUUAAUUUUUAUAAUUAUAGUAGCUUUAAAAAUACUCAAAAAAUUGGUUCAGGUGGUUCGGGAAAAGUUUACAAAGCAACAUAUAACAGUAGCAGUACUUUUGCGUUGAAAUCCUAUAAAUGUGAUAUAACAAACAUGAAAGAAAUUAUUAAUGAGUUAAAAUUAUUACAUAAAGUUGAUUACCAUCAAAAUAUUAUUCAUUUCUAUGGUGUCACUAAAAAUGAAGGCAAUAAGAAAUAUUUAUUGGUCCUUGAGUAUGCAGAUAGUGGGACACUAAGAAGCUACCUACAAGAAAAGUCCAAAUCAAUCAAUUGGGAACUAAUGCUGAAAUUUGCAUAUGAGAUUGCAUCAGCUGUUUCAUGUCUACAUGAAAACAAUAUUAUCCACCGAGAUUUGCAUUCAAACAAUUUCUUGGUUCACCAAAAAACAAUAAAAUUGGUAGAUUUUGGACUUUCCCGUAAAAUACUUGAAUCUACAACUACUUCAGCAUUCUAUUUAGCAGGGAUGCUGCCUUAUGUUGACCCACAAUGUUUCAAGUAUGGCAAUAAGCAAGCGUAUAAACAAAGCAAAAAAUCAGAUGUAUAUAGUGUGGGUGUUUUAUUAUGGGAAUUGACUAGUGACCAUCCACCUUUUAGUAAUCUGGAUCCAGAUUAUCGAAAAUAUGGUUUAAUAGUUGAUAUUUCUGGAGGAAUUCGUGAGGAACCUAUUCCUAAUACACCUGAUGAAUAUAUUAAUUUAUACAAAGGUAAAAAAUCUAUAACAUAUCCACCGAUUUGUGCAACAUUUUGGG